UUUAACCACAGGACCAUCACAUCCUGUAUAGACAACGAAGAACAACACCUUCAGCUUGCAUCAACAAGCAACAUUCUUAUUUUCAGAUUCUAGUACUGAGUAGAUCUUCAUAUAUUAAACUCAUCUUGUUAAACAAGGUCUUAAAGAAGAUCAUUACACAAAAACAGAAGGACAAGAGGAAACAACAGACUAAAGAUAAAUCUCAGGUUAAAAAAUUUAAUUGAAGAUGUCAAAGUUUAAUCUUUUCAAGAGAAAAAAAAAACAGGGCAAGUAUAAAGUUUCUGAUGACCCUCUGUUAUAGAAAAUCACAGUAAAACAUACAGAGACAACAGAUGGUAAGACAAUCUCUUGUUAUAGGGUUUUUGAUAGUUUGGAGUUCUGUCCUUAACUGUGCACACCUGUGUCUUGUUUCUGCACAAAAAUAGUCUGUCUAUUUACAGUCCCACGCUGUUAAACUAUGCUGUAGUUUUUCAGCAGGUUUGCCAGUAACUUACACUCUUAAGAAAAAUGGUUCUAAAUAGUACCAAAAAUGGGUUCUUCGGCUUGUAACAAUAGCAGAACCCUUUUUAUAAGGUUCCAUAAAGAACCCUGCCUUGAAAAGUGCUAUAUAGAACUCAGUGGUGCUAUAAAGAACCCUUUCUUCAUCAGAAAACAGGAGGGGCUUCAAUUUAGGUAUUUUUAUUCAUUUAUUUAUGGAUUUUAUCAUUUUCUAUUUCCGUUUUACCAUAUAAAAACAAUAAGCAAGACAAUGUAAAUCAAGUCAUACUUUUAUUUCCUUUUAGUCACAUCAUGAAGUGUCAUGCAACAUUCAAUAUAUUUGUUCAUAUUAAUACCUUUCACAAUUUUGCAUUGUUGCAAAGCAGCUUUACAGAAAAAAAAAACAUAUUAGCCCUAAACAGAGACAUAGGAAAAAGUAAAGAAAUACGUUUUAGUCCAUUUUAGCACAAAAGCAGUAGAAAUGUGACAACAAAAUUGUAUAGAAAUAAUAGUACAUAUAUAUAACCAGGAAAUUAUAAAAAUACAUGAUUACUAUUUAAAGUUAACUAAUCAGCAAGAUUAUACAACAGGCAGUGCAGCCAAGAAGUCAGACAAUGUUUGAAAAUGUUUUCAUCGAUCUUAUAUUGUUUGCAGAUAACUACAUCCAUUAUUUUUACGUGUGGUAAUGAUUUUGAGUUCUGGCAAAACAAAAGAAGGGUCUGGCAUGGGGCUCAAAUUGCAGGCCAUGAUCAUCGCAGAUUCCCACCACUUUCCUUCUGUGGCUGUGGUUAUCAACCUUGAGCAUCAGGCCGAACCAGAGCUGUGUCUGUCAGUCUAAGGUGUUUUCAGGAGCCUGAAGAUGAGACAUGGAGACAAAACAAGCUGAUGUUAGUGUAGAGGUCACUCUCAUAUGUAAAAAUUAUGUCAUGGCAGAAGUUUGGUUGAGCUGACUCCUGCAGUAUAAACAUGUUUUUGGUAAUAAAGAUAAUGUUUGGGUAAAGAUUCAUUCGUAAAUUUUGAUUACUUACCACUGAAUGUGCCUCAACCGUCAAAGUCAGACCUGCAGUGGUUAAGAGCUUGGCUUAUGAUUCACCUGAAACAGAGACAUGUACAUAUAAGUACUAUAAGAAAACACAAAACUUCAUUCCAAUUUAUUUUAACUGUAAAUUGCUAUCGGUUUAAUGUGGAAAGGAUAUCAACUUUAAAAGAAACAUGAAUAUAUCACCUUAAAACAUUAAGUAUGACACAGUAGACUUCUGAGCUGAACUGAUACUUGGUUUGCACCGCAAGAAAUAUCCGUCUUUUCCAAGUUCACUCCUAGGACAAGGUCACAUAUUAAACUCUGAAAUAUCAAUAAAUAAACCUAAAUACAUGUUGUAUAACAUACUGUACUGUUGAAGAAACAUCAAGAUAAUGUGCAUGAAAACAUUUUAGAAAAAUGGUUUAUGGAAGUUCAGCCAGAAGUAAAUAAUGAUUGAUGCUAGGAUAAUAUUGUUAAUAUAAUAUAUUUUUUAAAAUAUUAAAUAUACAUUUUAACUAUCCUAAAUAAUUGGUAAAGCAGAUUCCCAUAAAUUAUAUAACCAUAGAAUAUCUUAAAUUAUAAAAAAACAUAAAAUAUAUGAUUAAAAACAGUCUGAAGCUUACCUGUGUGGUGUGUCAGUCUGCAGGCACCUCAGCAGGACUGUUAAAUCAGGACUUUGAUUCAGGACAUACAACCAAUCAGGAGGCAGCUUCUUAAUAACUGAUCUACUUUAAACCAAAAUAGGCAGAAAUAAAGAACCCUUUCCCAAUACAAAGAACCAUUUCUUGUUUUCUAGGAAAACUAUUUAAAACUUCUUAAAUUAUGAUACGUUUACCAAACAAGAAAAGUGACCUAAGGUAUUUGGCAUUGUUUUAUGAAAGAAAAUAUAAGAACUAGGUAAGUUUAUGUUUAAAACAAAAUUGUAAAUUAAAUCUACAGUAAGUUACUGGCAUACCUGUUGCAAAACUGUAAAGUUUUACAGUGCAGGCCACAUCCUGCCAUCUGUUGAUAAAGCACCUCUUGAGAUCGUGAUGGGGUGAGGGUUACUACACAGCUUUGGCUAGCUGACCACUGUUACACCCUGGAUAUUUGUUCUCCUGUAUUGUCGUUUUCAUGUGUAUCUGCUAAUAUUUAUCUGCUUUUUAACAGAGAAACAGGUAUUUAACACUGAAACACCCGGUCAGUCUGAUGUGAAUUCUGAUCAAGUCUCCAGAGAGUUUCAAGUGAAUGGAGAAGAAGUGCUCAGUGUUCUCCAAAACAUUUUGAGCCCAAAAUCAAAUUCCCAGGACCUUAAAAAUGAAGCUAUAAUGAUUGAAAAAUGGGGCCAACUGAAUGGCGUUACAAUAGACAAGAAAGAAGGCAGCUACUCUGAAGACUGGCUGUGUGAGUUAAAGCAGUUAAUAGAUGAAUCUGUUAAGAGACACUUUCCCAUCCUGCCUGAAGAUGAAACACAGACAUCUGAACAGUUAGAGGAAUUUGAGAAUAUAAUAUGUAGUGAAAUGCGUCGAUUAACACCAGUAUUGAAAGAUGCUGGACUGCUGACAUACCUGACUGACAGUUACAGUCGUCAACUGUUUAUCAAGCUAGACCUAAUCGUAAACAGAGAUCUUUCUGAGAAUGAAACCUUCUGCCUUCUGCUGUGGGGAAAACGUGUUUUCUUCAGUUCGGAUGCUUUCAUAAUGAAUGACAUUCAGAGGCAUGACCCUCUGCUCUUCACAGGAUGGUUUGAGAGAGCAAAGCAGAAGCUGCUCACUGUACUGAAGGAUGACAUUUCUAAGUAUUUACAAAACAUUCUGUGCAAUGAGGAGAAACAUGAAGAUAAUGAGUUGUUAAUGGAUGAAGAAUGGUUCAUCAGAGUGCACCUUGAUGUCACUCAGUGUCUGGAUGCUGCUAUUAAAAAAACUGAAAUAUGUAGUCUGACUUUGAAGAAUUCUGUUCAAAUUCUGUGUCUUGAGGAGCUUCGUAGUUUUUCUCAGAAGUAUGUAGAUGGAGAGAAACUACGCCUUGAAGACAUGCAGUCCCUUGAGACAAACUUUGUUUAUCUGUGUAGGAUAAUCAGCACCUGUAUGAAACUCAAUUGUUUUGCUGUCCAAAUCUGUAAUGUGGACAACAACGAAGCUCCUGCCAUCUUAAAGAUGCUGGAAGAUCAAGUUUUGUCUGUUGUGCAAAAGAUGAUCAAUGACUUAGCUCAGGUGAGUAUUAAAAGUUCUUUCAAAAAUGGAAAUGAGCAAAUUUAUAAACCGAUGGAGGAAAUCCGAAAGCUAUGUGCAUCUCUGCCUCAGAUUGCAGCAGCAGAAGAAAUAAAAACGAUCAUUGUGAAUUUGGCAUAUGACUCUGUUUCCCGUGUGUAUUUGGAUUGUCUCAUGGAGAGCAAUUUUAAAAGGCUGGAGAGGAGAUGGGGAAAAGUGGAAGAAAAAAUAAGACAGCACAUGAUACAUUUUCAAGACAAGUUCGCUCAAAUGAAUUGCAGUGUUGAACAGAACCAGCUUCUUGAGAGAAUGAGUGAAGUUUUGUUUUGCAGUGAUGUUGACGCGCUAAAGCUUACCUGUGCUACUUUGUUUAAAGAUUUUCCAGACGAGAGUGAGCACUAUCUGCCCAGGCUGCUGGGCUGGAUGAAGACGUUAUCAAAGCGACAAGUGAGGGAGGUUUUGGACGUGGCUCGGCUGGGAUGUCAAAAUCCUGACAACCAUCCCCAUUUCCUGAUGUGUCUUUGUUGUCACAGUUGGUAAAAAUUGUCAGGCAUAUCCAAAAAAAAUAAGCACAGUGUUUUAUAUUGUGUUCACUUACAGUAUAUCCCAAAUGUUUCCAACAUGUUUGAAUCAGGAGAAAUUAACACACAUUGUUCUCCCAACAAACGUAAUAAAGUAAACUUUUAAAAAAAGUUUUUUUAGUAGAAGAAGAAGAAUGUAUUAUUUUGAGUAUGCUGAACAAAAUUAGUCUAAAUGUGGGACCAUCAAAGAUUCUUUUGUUGACUGUACUUAGAUAUCUAAGUGAUUGUCCAAAGCGCGUCAAGAAGUUUGACCAACUUGCCAAACUGGGUAUUCUCAAAAAACAAUUCUAGUGUUUGAAAGUUCCCAGCAUGCAUUGCAGAAUUUUCAAUUCGCCGGUUAAAAUUAUUAAAAUGAUUGCUAUUUUAGUGUUUGCUGGCUAUAUUUUUUGUUUUUGUUGUCAUUGUAAGUUACCUUUAGUAUUUAGAGUGCCUUUUUAUGAUGUUUGAUGAGUGGUACCAUGAUUGAGGCUCAUGUGCUCAGUGUUGAGGUCUGAAGAAGUACUUUGUAAAUGACGCAGUGAGGCCACUGCUAAAAUGUUUAAAUCACAAACAGCUUAAGCAGUUACUUAAGUAGAGUGUGUAUAUAAUAAUAGAACAUUUAUAUAGUAACGUUAUAUAAACAUAAUCUUUUGAGUUGGGUCAACUAAGUCCAUAGUUGAGUGAUCUCAGAAAUUUGAUUAUUGCAUAUUUAUUUUAAGUUGGUUCAACAUAGUUUUUUCAAUUGACAGUCAUGUGACAUUACUCAGUUAAUUGAGUUAGGUGAAAUACUUGGCCAAAAGUAGAGUAAACUCAAAAAAGCUGUGCAGCGAGUUGCCUUGAAAUUUUAAGUUAAGUCAACUUUUCAUUUUUUACAGUGCAUAUUUAACCAGUUUAACGUCCCUCUUUGUUGCGUGAAAAAGGGCUUGGUGUAAUGUUCCCGUAAUCAUUGGUUUCUACUUUUACUGUUUUUCCACUAAAUUGGUCUUUUUAUUGCUAUUGUAUAACAAGACUGCCUUUUUGUAGUGUAUCUUACAGCAUAGUCCACUGUUGUGUUUAUGCAAUGUUUAAAAGUUGUGUGCUGGUUUUCAGUGGCCAUCUGUCCUGGCUGUUUCCCCAGGUGUUUAUAUUAGAUGGAUGGAACGGGUUUCACUUUCAUUUUUGCUUAAAUGAUAAUGUCAUGCACAUACUGUUCACCUUCAAAAUGAAAAUUCUGUCAUCAUUUUCUCACCCUAUUGUCAUUUCAAACCUGUAUGACUUUCUUUCUUCUGCAGAACACAAAAGAAGAUAUUUUGAAGAAUGUUGUUAACAGCCCCCUCAUUGACUCUUUGGUUUUGUGUCCAUACAAUAGAAGUGAAUGGGGGGCUGUGCUGUUCUGUUACCAACAUUUUUCAAAAUAUCUUCUUUUGUGUUCUGCAGUAGAAAUAAAGCUUACCAGUUUUAAAUGACAAGAGGGUGAGUAAAUGAUGACAGAAUUUUCAUUUUGAAGGUGAACUACUCCUUUAAAACUGUUGGGUCUUUGAUAUUAUCUCAGUUGUGGAAAUCCACUGUCUGGCAACAAAUUUAGUUAAAAAAAGUAUGUAAAAGUACAGUUUAUUGGUAUGAUUGUUUUGUGAAGUUUAAACAAAACUGUUUUCAUGUCCAGUAUUGUUGAUGUUUAUAUGUGCUAUAAAUUGUAAUAUUGUUUUCUGAAAAUAAAUAAUAUUGUAGUAAUAGUA